GACAGCAGGCAGAGAGAAGAACAGAAUUGAAGUGUCUACUAACCUAUCUAAACAGUCAAAAUGAAAAUAAUUUUCUUCAUAUUUGCAGUAGGCCAGAUCCUCUACUAUUCUGAUUCUGAGACUCCAUGUGAUCAGUCUGAUAACUCACAAACACCUGAGGCAGUAAAUGCUGCAAUUACAGAAGUGAAUCAAAUGUUUGCAAUGAAUAACCUCCUUCGUAUUGUGAGCUGCCAAGUAAUAAAUAUCACUGAUAAAGGAGAAGGCAGAGUGGAUUUCAAUAUAGUCAUUAAUGUCCAGGAAACUGAGUGUGCGGUAGAUUCUGGAUUGGAUCCAGCAAAUUGCACAUUGCUACCUACCCCAAAUGCUAAAACCGCUAUUUGCACCAGCCAAGUGCAAGUAUUUCGUGAUGACAAUCCAAUUGCUAUGACACCAACACCAACACCAACAUCAACACCAACACCAACACCAACAUCAACACCAACUCCAACACCAACAUCAACACCAACUCCAACACCAACACCAACAUCAACACCAACAUCAGCAACACCAACACCAACAUCAACACCAACACCAACUCCAACAUCAACAUCCACACCAACAUCAACGCCAACACCAACACAAACAUCAACAUCAACAUCCACACCAACAUCAACGCCAACACCAACACAAACAUCAUCAACACCAACACCAACUCCAACACAAACAUCAACAUCAACACCAACAUUAACAUCAACAGCAACUCCAACACCAACAUCAACAUCAACAUCAACAUUGACGCCAACACCAACCCCAACAUCGACCACAGCAACAACAAAAACAACAACAAAAUCACCACCACCAUCAUCAUCAGAAAGCAAUGAAUCAUCAUCAGAAAGCAGUGAUUCAUCAGUGGAAUGCAUUACGAAGAGGUAUGGCAGACAUCGAAGAUACAGAUAUUGCAGGAGGAGACAUUGUUCAAGUUGGUGGAAUUGGUGGAGGCGUCGCUGGGGCAGAAGACGUUCCAGAUGGAAUCGCCGCAGGUACCUCAGAGGAAGAUAUUCACAUGGCUGAAAGAACUGGAGAGAGUAAAAUUUUGGAAGAAAACUGAAAAAUGAAAAGAGAUGUCGGAGUGAAGGAAGGUGAUCUGCAG